AUGUCGAAGGCGUUUGCGGACGUGCAGAUUGACGUCGCGAGCGCGACCGUGAAGACGUUUGCGAAGCGCGUCGAGAAUCACUUCUUCGUCACCAAGCAGGGGUUUAAGGAGCCGCUCAAGGCGGAGGAUAUUGAGAAAGCGUUAGAGAGCGUGAUGAAGGGCUUGCUGAGCGUGGGGAGGCCGGCGCCGAAUGAGACCUUAUGGUAUCAGACAAGGGAUGGCACGGAAAUGAUGAUUGCCGAAGCCAUUUUCAUCGAUGAGGUUAACAAUCAAGAGCUCGCUUGCUUCAAGUUCUCGCAGUUUGAGACCCCGAAUUUUAGGGGGAGACUCCCAGAGGCGCCAUACCGCCCGGUCUCGAUGCAGUAA